CAGCUAAACCGACAACAGCAACAGCUAAACCGACAACAGCUAAAGGUUCUGCUAAACGGAAACGUAGCAGUAGUAAACAUAAUAUGGCUGCAUUACAGACAGCAAAAAGAAAGGCAAGGAAUACAACAAUCAACUGCAUGGAAAGAUGUAAAAAAUACAUCAACUCUUAUCCGUUACAAACAACAUCACAAAGUUCAACGAAACAUGCAGCUACACCUCAGCCAACAAAAUAUCCGUCUCAUGCACCGGAUCUCACAAAGUUAUCAAUACCGUUGGCAAUUAUUGUCGAAGGCAAUUUCUCGGAAAACUUAGCUAAUAAAUCUUCAACUACCUAUAGGAAUUACUACAACGCCUUUAACCUAUCAUUAACGGAACUUUACAAGAACAGAUCUGGUUUUAUAAGUGUAGACAUCGACAGUUUCUUCAAAGGUUCCAUCGGAUGCAACUUCGGUUUAAAUGUAGCACCGACUCCAUCAUUUAACGUCAACGACUUAAACAGUUCACUUCUUACAGAAAAUUAUUCAACCUUUUCCGUGCGUGUUGGAAACACUUCUUCGUUAAAAGUUGAUAUUGACAAGACAAGGACGGCAAUGGUAAAUGCAUUCACAGACCCUUGCAAAGCGUUUCAAGUCAACUGCUCACACGAUACAUUUUGUGUGGUAGAUACAGGAAAGUUUGUUUGCAGCCAUAAAUGUAAUACAAAUAACAUUUGCGCAAAGAAUGGCGAAUGCUUUGUGGACACACACGGAACAGUCAAAUGCAGAUGUCGAGAAGAUUCCAUGUAUGUGUAUAAAGGUGACACCUGCAAAGAGAAGGUAAUGGUUUUCUUCAGCGGGAAAAACACAGCCAUCAUCGGCGCCUCUGCAGGGGCUGUCAUCGCCUGUCUUCUAUUACUUUUUAUCUUCCUGGGCGCUAGGUGGAGACACAAACGAAUAGGAAAAACAACUGAUGAAAAGCUGUCCGACCCUGAAGAGAUAAGGAAGGAUAACUCCCAGAUCGAGAACGUGCCGAUGGAUGGUGUGGGGAAGACUAACCCGAUGUACCGUCCAGACAAAAGUGACCACCAUGACGAAAGACACGGUGACUACUACCCCGGGGAACGCUCGGACAGGGAUAACAUAUACGAGGACGAGCUGGCUUAUAAUGAAGGAAGAUACUACAGAGUACUCAAAGACCCCGACAACAGGUCAAAGGCAUAUGUUUACCAACCCUCUAACAUGUCAAUACCAGAUCAAAGAUCAAGCACGGCUUCCAAGUUUGAUGACCUUGAUUCCAAGCCGCUGUCUUAUCAUUUGCGACCAGAAAGAGAGCAACAAUCCUUUCACGAUAUGGUCGACACAGAACAGCCGUACUCAAUCCGACGCCCGCAAAUCAUGCGCUCCACAAUAAACUCAAAUGGAUACCGAUAGAGCGGCAAAACAUAUGAGAUACAAAGAAGAUUUUGUACUAUGUGUACGGAUUUCUCUUCAAUCUCUUCGGGAAUGACCUAUGUAUACUAAUGCGACAAUGGAUUGUGAAAAGCCAACAACUGAUUAACAUCAUAUACAUCAAAUACAAUACAUAAUCCUUUUUUGAUAUAUGAAAAUGUAAGUUUUGUAUGACAUUCAUCAUCCUUGAAUUGUUGUGUAUUAUGGCAAAUAUAAUCAUUUGAUUAUAAAGAUACUCGUUAAAAGUAUUAUUGUAAAGAAACAGUUCAAAGAUAGAAAUGAAAUAGAAAAUAAAACAGUUAGGGGACCUCAAACGGGUUUGAACCCAAAAAACAUAUUUAUGAAAAGAGCUAAACGAAGUUACAUUUACGAAGCAGGUGGUGAGUACACAAAUUAUCGUACUCAUUUGCUCGAUUAAAACAUGUAUUUUUAUUUUUUUAUGCUGACUUAACUGUAAAACAUUGUGGCAAAUUCCACCAAUACGGUAUCUUCUGAAAAAUCAUCGCAACGAUUUAUUUUCUUCGAAUUAGCGAAAUUACUACAAAAAUAAACCUUACGAAAUGUGUACCUUUGCUAUGUUAGCAACAUCCACCAACUAUUUUGGUUUCGGAAACGAAAGCUACUACCAAAAUGCUUGGAAGGUAUGAUUUGUAUCUUAUUGGAAUACGGUGUUUACUUCUAAAUGAUUGUAUUCAUUUGUAAACAGGCAUGUGUUUCAUGUCUUUGAUGUUAAAGUUUUUUUCUUUUAAGACAUUGCGUAUAAAAUCAUUUGCAUAAGUAUUUAUUUAAUUUUUAGUUUGUUUCAUGUCAAUUUGUUUCUUUACCAAUUGUUUUAAUAAUACGCAUGCCAAUCAAAAUCUAAUGAAGAAACAUAAAAAAUGCUUGUUAUAUUAUUAUUUAAAUCAAAUCAAUCUGAAACUUUACACUUAUGAAUUGUUUUAGAAAACAUUUCAAAUAUAUUGUGACAAUGUAUAAAAGUUGGUAGUAUAGCUCAUUUUCAUAUCUAUGCAUUGACAUACAAAAAUAUAAGCUUUAUAUUCAUUUUGAAGAUUAUAUAAAUCACUUUAUCCAAAUAUCAAAUUCAGAAUGCAUAAUAAGAUUCCAUUUUGUACAUAUAUCUUGUUGAGAAAUGCAUGAGGUAUGAUCAAGUUUUUUUUAUUUUUUUAAAUAUUAAAAAACAAAUAUAAGCAUAUUAAAUAUUAAGCCGUUUGCCCUACAUGACCAUUGCGUCAUGUCAUGUCAAACUUAAAUCAUCGAAAUUUUCCAUAUGGUUUCUAAUUGUGGUGUAUAGCCUUGCAGAAAUUGAAACACGACUUUGUUCCUCUUUUUUCAUCAGUUUGUGUAUUGUUAGUUUAAAUGAUUGAAUAAGGAUAUGAUCAUUAUAGUGUUUUGUUAGUUUUGUUUACAUAUCAUAAUUGAAAUACUUUCAUUCAAUUUGUGUAUUUUUAAAAUAUAUGUGUUUACAAAUAUUAUUCACCAAGAUGUGUUUCUACAGAUCCUUGGAUAUGUAUUAGCAAAUUUGGAUUCAUACCAUUAUUAGAGCAUUUCUACAUUUGAAUGAAUCGUUAAAUCGUUAGAGUUGAUUUGUUUUAUUUCAGUAAAAUCAGUUAUAUUCCUUAUGUAUGUUGAAGGGCUGGACCCUUUGAUCAGUAAUGACACUGCGUCGGUUGAACCAUUGGUAAACGUGAUAACAUAUUCAAUUCGUUUUUAUGACAGAGUUCUCAAUUCAACUUCAGCUCAAAUACCAAUUCUUAUUCUUCAUUAUGUCUCGCGAUAAGAAAUAUUGCACAUUUCAAUCUACUAGAGUUUGUAUGAUGUAUUCGAAGCAUUUGUAUAAUCGUCUGAAUUAUGUAAAUACUUUUCACGUGAAUAUGUAUAUAAAGGUGUUUAUUAACAUGCAAUGGAGGACAAAUCCCGUUUUACCUUGCUAGGUUAUCUCAAGUACACGGUGAAAAGUAAUUAACUGACCAAUUCGACUUUACAGUUCAUGCAUUUCAACAUUUAUUCAUUUUAUCAUUUGAAGUUUAUCUCAGUAGAAAAUCUGUUUAUUGUAACUUGGUAAGGAAAAGGAUAAAAUGGCUAGGUGAAAUUUGUGAAAUUAACUCAUCAUAUUAUAAAAGCUUGUUCACGUUUGGUUCAAAUCAUACAGCAAAUUGAGAAAAGAUGAAUAAAAAUAAAUGAGUAAAUGGAUAAUGGGAAACUGAGCGUAAACACUUUUAUAAAAAGGAAUUGUCUGUCCCUUCCGAUAUUUUAUAUAUCUUUAUUGUAUUCACCUUGCAAUUCUUUCCCUCUUUAUUGUUUCACCUCGCUAUUUUUUCUCUUUUUCUAUAAAAGAAGCAAUAUGUAUUCAAUAACUUUCUAAAAAGUCAUUAAAAUCCUAAAUUUCAAAUUAUCUUCUUUGUAAAUCAUUGAAUUUCCAUAGUACAUUGUUUAAAUGUGAUACAAUUUAAAUUUCAAUAAAGUGAUUUUGCUUG